CCGCGCCAUCGGCCCCUGAAGGUCUGACUUUUCUAGAUUAAGCCACACCCUGUCAGAAUUUUUUCGUUUUUUCGCCGUCGUCGUCUCCUCGGAUCUUCUGCAACGCUCAUUUCUUGGCUGCCGCCGUCAUCCCGGAGCCACAUCUCUUGGCCCACGAGAUCCAUCGCCUUGUCCAGCGGGAGUGCCAAAGAGCCUCCCUUGGCACUCCACUACCGAAGUCUCUGAAGUCGAUUAAAAGCUUGUCUGCCGGCCUCCUCCCGCUUGAGUUGAAGAGCUUCUGGAGUUCUUGAAGAGCUUCGAAAAGCCUCCGAAAGUCUUGAAGAGCUUCUGUUCCGGUUGCACAACCCAUCCCACUCGUCAGCAACCACUCAGGCUCCAGAACCCUGCUAUCUCGUCAUCACUGCUGUGUAAACGGUUCUCCUCGCUUGUUGCUGUUGGUUGCAAGCACUUCUGCCGGCUUUAUCAUACGCCGCAACACCACGGCGGUUUUUCUCUGUUAGGAAGCUUCGAGCUCGUCAUCGAGUCAGCUCUGAACCAAUUAUUGCUUCUUUGCUCGAUUGCGCGAUCUUGCAAGGGCUUUUUGACAGCGUCAAUUUCGCACCUCCUGCCUCAAAUCGCCACCCCCGUCGAGGUUCAAGGACUUGGACCGCUCUAGUCACCGCUUGCAACAUCAGCUUCUGUACAUUCCCACCCCCCCCCCCCUGGAUCCCCUUCCGACCGCCCACCUGUGAGCGCCCAGUUCCGCGUUGACUCGCGUGGAGCCAGCUCUGUGGCACAGUAACGAACCCCGGCGACUCUUAUAUAUCCUUGGAGCACCUUCACUCGAGGAGUCGCUGUCUUUUGCCUUCGGAUUGCCUCUGUAGUCGCUCGCUCGACGUAUCGUUUUUGGAGCAUUUCUGAACGAUCCUCGACCCGUUCAGCCACAAUGUCGAGCACAAGCACCAAGAUUGGCCACGGCCUGGCUAAGGUCUUGGGUAUCAAGCUCGAGAAGCCCGAGAACGAGGAGAUGCUUCGCGGCGAAUCCGUCUUUUCGGUUCAAUCAUCCGACACAUUCGUCGAAGAGGAGCCUACAACCGCCGAGUGGUUUCUUGAGCUCCUGCCUGACGGCCAGCAAAUUCUCGACUACAUCCGAUCUUUGUUUCCCUUCCUUAACUGGAUUGGACACUACAACAUGCAAUGGUUCCUUGGCGAUCUGGUUGCUGGUGUCACCGUUGGCGCGGUAGUCGUGCCCCAAGGUAUGGCCUACGCUUUGCUCGCAAAGCUUGAGCCUCAGUUCGGUCUCUAUUCGUCCUUCAUGGGCGUAAUCAUUUACUGGUUCUUCGCUACCUCCAAGGACAUCACCAUCGGCCCCGUAGCCGUCAUGUCAACUGUCGUCGGCAACUUGAUCACCGAUGUUCGAGAAGAAUUCCCGCAGUAUCAAGGCCACCAGAUUGCAUCGGCUUUGGCUAUCAUUGCCGGUGCCAUCAUCCUCUUCAUCGGUCUGAUCCGCAUGGGAUGGGUUGUCAACUUGAUUUCUUUGACAUCGUUGUCGGCUUUCAUGACUGGCUCCGCCAUCAGCAUUGCUGUCGGUCAACUAGUCACGUUGUUAGGCAUCAAAGGUGUCAACACCAGAGAGGCUACCUAUCUUGUGUUCAUCAACACCCUCAAGAACUUACCCAAGACGAAGAUGGAUGCCGCUAUGGGCUUGACCGCCCUCACUAUGCUUUACCUCCUUCGAUUCAUCUUUACUACGCUGGCAAAGCGAUACCCCCAAAAGUCGAAGCUCUUCUUCUUUCUUUCGACUCUACGAACGGUUUUCGUCAUUCUCCUCUACACCAUGAUCAGUUGGUUAGUCAACAUGAACAGACGGUCAAACCCGAUGUUCAAGAUUUUGGGAGAUAUUCCCAGAGGUUUCCAGGAUGUUGGCACUCCCAAGAUCGACACCGGCCUAAUCAGUGCCUUCCUUCCGUUCUUGCCGGCCAGCGUUAUCGUGUUGGUCAUCGAGCAUGUCGCCAUCUCGAAGUCUUUCGGUCGUGUGAACAACUACACCAUCAACCCUUCGCAGGAGUUUGUAGCCAUUGGCGUGACGAACGUCCUCGCUCCCUUCCUUGGCGGUUACCCAUCCACGGGCUCAUUCAGUCGUACCGCCAUCAAGUCCAAGGCCGGUGUCAGGACUCCUUUUGCCGGUGUCAUCACCGGCCUCGUCGUUCUACUCGCCAUUUAUGCCUUGACGGCUGUAUUCUUCUACAUCUCUAGCGCUUCCCUUGCCGCAGUCAUCAUCCACGCUGUCGGCGACCUGAUCACCCCGCCCAACACUGUCUACCAGUUCUGGCGUGUGUCUCCUCUCGAAGUUGUCAUCUUCUUCAUCGGUGUUUUCGUCACGAUAUUCUCAUCCAUCGAAAAUGGCAUUUAUGCUACAGUCUGCAUCUCCGCUGUGCUUCUCCUCUGGCGCAUUCUGAGAGGACAGGGCCGCUUUCUCGGCAAGGUCAAGAUCCACUCUGUCGUGGGCGAUCACGUUAUUGGCGAGGACCACAGACAAGUCAUUGGCGAAUAUGGUACCUUCAACGCCAGCGACAAUGCGGCGCGUAACGUGUUCCUGCCCAUUGAUCAUGGCGAUGGUUCCAAUCCCGAAGUCACUCUCGACAGCCCUUACCCCGGUAUUUUUAUCUACCGCUUUUCCGAGGGCUUCAACUACCCCAACGCCAGUCACUCUCUCGAAUAUCUUACUGAAUACAUCUUCAAACGGACUCGCCGGACGAAUAUGGAGGCUUACGGGCGUCUUGGUGACCGCCCUUGGAACGACCCCGGCCCAUCGCGCAAGGCCAAGAAGGCGCAGGCCCAGAUGCACGAGGAGGAAAAUAGGCCUACGCUUAAGGCCAUCAUACUCGAUUUCAGCUCCGUCAACAACGUCGACUUGACCUCGAUUCAACAACUCAUCGAUGUCCGCAACCAGCUCGACCGCUACGCCACCCCGGACAAAGUGAAUUGGCACAUUGCCUGCAUCAACAACCGAUGGACCAAGAGGGCGCUUGUCGCCGCCGGUUUCGGCUACCCCGUCGACCGCAGCGACGGUCUGCAACACCAGUGGAAGUCCAUCUUUAGCGUCGCCGAGAUUGGUGGUUCAGAGUCUGCCGCGGCGGUGGCAGAGAAGGAGGCGAACGAGAAAGAAAUUUCGUCGCAUGGCAAGUCAUCAAGGGCAGCGGAUGAAGAGGUGGGCAAGGAUGGUGGCACAUACGACCAGAUCGACCCCAUCUCCUCGGGUUCCAGGAAAAAUGCCAGCCCGAAGCGCAAGGGAGUUGUCGUCCACGGUCUCAACAGACCGUUUUUCCACGUCGACCUGACGAGCGCAUUACAAAGUGCCAUCGCGAACAGCGAGGGCAGGGGCCAUCUCGAGGACGAGGGCGAGGGCGGCGCCAAGAGCCCGAGUAGCUCGAGUGACUGAAGUGAGGGUUGAGAUACAGGAUUAGCGAUUGAUACCCUAGACGGUAAAACAUUUGUUAGAUUGGUAUGAUCAGGAAAUACGGUGCGGUCAUAACCAAGCACACAGAGUUGUUUGUUACGAGACUAUCCGUAUAUAGAGCAGAGCUCAUGUUCUGUCUCGAAAUAAUGUUACGACGA